GCACCGCCUGGGCUGAAGGGAGGCUGGUGGGGAAUUGGCUAGGAUUCUGCGCGCAUCCGGACGAUCCCGGCUCUGCGGUUCCCCCUCUCGCCUCCCCUUGUAAUGCAGGUUGAAGUGGCAGCUGGCUCUUUCACCCCUGUGGCCACUUCGAAGACAUCAGUAAAGUCGCUCUAUGAUGGACAAAUCUGCACAUUGCCAGGCCGACUCAGAAUACAACCCUUUCUAUGGAGCAAAGAUGAUGUGAUUCACUGGCUAAGAUGGGCUGAAAAAGAAUAUUCACUCAGGAAAUCCGACGAUAGUAACUUUGAAAUGAAUGGAAAAGCCCUUUGUAUUCUAACCAAGGAAGAUUUCAAAUUUCGGGCUCCUAAUUCAGGAGAUGUAUUAUAUGAAUUACUCCAAUACAUAAAGACCCAGAGAAGAGCCCUUGUGUGUAGCCCUCUCUUUAACACUCCCUUUUGGGAUACAGACCAUAACCUGACCCAGAGCACGGCAGAAGGUAUCAAGUGCAACUUAGAUGAUUUCCCAGCUAAGAUCCCUGCAUUGCCUUCAGAAUAUCCAACGAUCUUCACUCGUCAUGCAGGCUAUUUUGACUCAUCUCAGUCUGCCACCAAGACACUCUGUACUCCUGGGGUGACACCUCUCGCUUAUAGCAACCCAGAGAUCAGCCAUGGUGGAAACAUUUGCUCUUUCCCUGUAAAAUCUGCUGCUUCAGUCAGUGGUAAAAUAGCAGACUGUAGGUUACUUUUGGAUUACAUCUACCAGCUCCUCUCUGACAGCCAGUAUGAAUCAUUUAUCAAGUGGGAAGACAAAGAAACCAAGAUCUUUCGGGUUGUAGAUCCCAAUGGCCUUGCUGGACUCUGGGGUAAUCAAAAGAACCGAAGGAAUAUGACAUAUGAGAAGAUGUCAAGAGCUUUGAGGCAUUAUUAUAAACUCAACAUCAUCAAAAAGGAAACUGGACAGAAAUUGUUAUUCAGAUUCCUAAAAGUCCCUGGAGAAAUAAAACAGUACACAGCCAGUAAAUUGGAGUAGCUGAACAAUGAAGAGCAGAAAGAAGAGGACUCAAAAAUUUUUACCAGAAAUCUCACUGUAGACAUUUGCCAUGUCAUAGUGGCAUCAAGAGCUUGUAUUAA